GACAUGGUCUACCACCACCACCUGAUCGGCGUCUACAUCUUAAUGUUCGCCUUCACCCUGUUCUUCCUGGAGAUCACGUGGGCCAUCACCCUCUUUCUCCGUGUGUGUAUAAGGAACGAGACGAGCAGGGUGUUGGGGUGUUGGUCAGUGGUACUCUGGCUGGACACAUGGAAGAAAUCACUCAUCUACUGGGCCGCUGCAGCCGUCAUCCUCCUCCGCCCACACAGACUAUGGUUGACAUCCGUUUCAGGAGGUCUGUUGAUUGGCCUGGGCGUCUUUCACCUUUUGCUACUCUACAAAAAGAAGUUGGAAGCGAAAGAGGCUCUGCUGGAGGCCAAGGAAGAUUCUUACGACAGGUACGAGGAUGAGAUGGACUCAGCCGUGCCAGAAGGUGUCAACACUCACACUGACUCAGACACUGCCUCCACUCACGACUAUAUCCUGCAGGUGUAGUCAGGUCUCUCUGUCGCCCCUCCCUGGCCCACCACACACCUUCUUUGUUGGCCUCACAGGGUGAUCACGCCCCCCUCCCCAACAUUUGAGGGUGAUCACGCUCAUCCCUAACACUUGGGGAUGGUCACGCCCCCCUCCCUGACACUUGAGGAUGGUCACGUAUGAUAUGUACUGUAGGUUUCAUAGGGUGUACACCAUCAAUCCUGGCUGACCACGCCCACCUUGGUGCUCUAGAUGCUGACCAUGCCCCACUUGGUAAUCUAGAGGUUGACCACACCCACACUAAUGUCCCUCAAGGACCAUCAUGCCAAGCCUGGUGCACUGGAGGAUGAGCACGCCCAUAUAAGAUUCUCUGGAGGAGCACCACGCCCACGAAAGAGGAUCAUCACGCUCACGAAAGGGUAUCAUCACGCCCACGGAAGAGGAUCACCACGCCCACGGAAGAGGAUCACCACGCCCACGGAAGAGGAUCACCACGCCCACGGAAGAGGAUCACCACACCCACGGAAGAGGAUCACCACGCCCACGAAAGGGGAUCACCACGCCAACGGAAGAGGAUCACCACACCCACGGAAGAGGGUUACCACGCCCAUGAAAGAGGAUCUCACGGGUUAAAUACACAAUGACGAAGUAAACAUAAUCUUCUGAUAACCUAAUACCAGAUUCACUUUAGUUGUGGCUGUACUGCUCUCUCACACCACAUGUCUUACCUCCCACACCAUCCAUCACUUUUGACACCAUACUCAUUACUACACUACUCUCACAGACACCAUACCAGACGGUGUCUAUAUAAUGCAUACAUGAUACUAGCAUACAUACAUACAUACACAUACAUACAAGUAAACGUAUGUGUAUAUAACUAAUUAACGCAGUAAAGAGCCAACAGUUUUAUCUACUAGAGCUGAGAUGCAAAUCCUUAACCACAAUAAAUAUUUUCUUUCAUAAUACAGUACACAUUCUAUACAUUAAAACAAGAUGUGUCACUAAUUACUAACACUAAUAACACUUUAAGGCUGAGUCAUGUACGAUUCAGUUGCCGACACUAUGAAACUUAAGGAAAUUAUUUAAAAUACACAGAACUGAAGGUCACUGAUGGUUUCAUAUUUACAUUAGUUUUCAAUGGAACAGUGAUGUCACUGGUAUUGUGCAUGAAAUAAUAAUAUGAACCGUAAAUAAUAGAGUCGGUUAUGUUACCUAGCGUGUUACCUCUGGUCAAGAACAAGUGUGUGUUUGUAGAAGUGAAUUAUUGGUGUAAAUGAUUUCAUAAUGGUAAUAUAAUGGACUGAGUUAAUAUUUUCCUGAUGUUCAACUAAACGCAGACGUAGAGGAUGACGCUGGAUGAGAUGUGUUACUGGCUAAUUGGACCCCAGUCGGAACUCAAACGUAAUGUAACGUAACGUAACCUACCUAUUGGAAUUAAAGCCCUAUCCUAAUGGGCCCUAGUCCUAAGGGGCUCAAAGUUCUAAUGGAUUCUUUAUGAUUAGUUUAGGUUAGGUUAGGUUAUGUAGUAAGUGUCCAAUAAGACGGGAGGGGAUACUUUUUGACCUUAAACAGUUGGAAAUGUGCAGUAGUAAUUUUUUGUUCUUAUUAACGCACAACCAACUGUCUCUUUUGCUUAACUUAUUCAGUACCAACACAGUCUACCUGUUCUCUGUACUGUAUGACAAAAUUUCUGUUUCUUUCUUUUAACUAAAUUAUCCAUUGUUCAUCGUUCAACUGUUCGACUCUGUACAUAUAGCAAUAGUUAUAUAUAAUUAGAAAAAUUAGUUUGUUUUUUACUUGUCAAACAAUCUCAUGAAAUAUAAGACACCGUAGAGAUAUUAAUACCACAAAGGUCAUUUGUUGAUAAAUUUGUUCUGUUCAAGUUGGUUUAUUAACACUUCUUACAUUUAUUGGUGGUCAAGAUAAUGUUAUUCUGCCCGAGACACUCAGCUCUCGCACACCAUUUGUA